UCGUUCAACUGCCAUUUUGUUUCACAGUUCAACACGGACGUCCUGGAAUAGCAGGUCAAGUUGACAAGCUAAGACGAUCAAUUUUAAUCUAUCAUAGCAGGCUAGGUUAGUUUGUAAAGUACAUGUUAAAUAUCGUAAGUAUACAACACAAAACUGAAGAUUGUUAGAAAUUGGUCUACAGAUUGGAGAGUUUUAAGUUUGACAGUGGAGUUGGUCUUGUUUACCUUCCAACUACUGUCGAUUAGCUGCACCGCAUUUUGCUGGCUAGCAGAAAGCUAGCUAGCUAGGUUUCUUAAAUGGCGGCGAAUAGUACCACAACCCAAUCUGCUCCGGCUGCGACUUGGUCGUAUGCAACAAGUUCAGAAGGUCAGAUCCACGAGAACCCGGAGUGGGAGAAGGCAAGACAGGCACUGGCCUCCAUUACCAAAACCCAGAGCGCGACCAAGGCUGCCCAGGCCAGCAGGGCCACGGCACAGGUUGGCCAGUUCCAACCCGCGGUAGCAGAUUCUACUGCCCACCAGCAGCAACAACAGCAGCAGUACUACAAUCAGUGGUACCAACAAAACCAGCCGCAGCAAUAUGCUGGAUACCCUUACCCAUACAACUAUUACUACCCCAUGACCACGUAUGGUGGGGGCUAUCCUCAGGGCCAGUAUGGGGGCCCGCCAGGAGCCUACUCAGGACCCACCACACCAAACGGACAGCCUCCAUCCAUGCCCUUGAUGGACGACCAGUCUUCAAACUACCCACCCCAGCCCCAAGCCCCUCCUCCCACUGCCCCACAACCUCCCCCCCGGAGCCCAACCAGCUCUGAGCAGCCCCCUCCCCCUCCUCCCCCCUCCUUACCCCCCUCUCCAAACUCCCAGUACCCCCCUCCCCCUUCACAGAACCCUUACAACGGCAACAGCCCCAUGCCCUAUCCGCCAAGCGACCAGAUGCGAGGCUACAAGCCCAACCCUGGUCAAGGCAGGCCAGGCUACGGGCAGAACUACCAGGCUCAGAGCUCCUACCAGGCCUCCCAGAGUAACGUGCAGCAGCAGGGCCAGUAUGGACCAGGCGUCGGGAGAGGAGAGGCCAAGAAUAAUAAUAAUCAGAACCAAAAACAAGGAGGACAGCAGCAGUGGCAUCGCAUGAAGCAAUCACCUGGAGCAGGAACCAUGAAGUUCAACAUUCCCAAGAGGCCUUAUGUCAUGACCAAUCCCAGCUUCCCUCUCAGUGAGCAGGCCACUGGAUUGCCUCCCACAUCGGCCUCACCUGGAGCCGCUGCCGCUGCACCCGGGGGUGCUCAGACACGGCCCCAGGACUGGCCCCAGGCCAUGAAGGAGUACGUGCAGCGCUGCUUCACAGCCUGCGAAACGGAGGACGACAAGGACCGCACGGAGAAGAUGCUGAAGGAGGUGCUGCAGGACCGGCUGCUGGACGGCUCGGCCUACACCAUCGACUGGACGCACGAGCCGCUGCCCGAACUGAAGGCCAAGCCGUCCCGGUGGGAGGCCCUGCCGGUCCAGAGGACCCUGGAGAGCGCAGUGAGCCGCGGGGGGGGCGUCGGGGCGGCCUCCCGGGGCCGUGGAGCAGGAGCCAGGCUGGGCCACUACAGAAACGUCUUCUCCCAGAGGAGCCCCUCCUCCCGCUCGUCCUCCCGCUCGUCCUCGCGCUCGCCCUCCCCCUCCCACAGCCGACACCGCGACCGCAGCGGCCAAAGGCACCGACGCAGUGACUCUGGCUCUCAGUCAGACAGCAGCAUGUCCUGUGACCUUCGACCCCAGCUGUCCCGUCGCCAGCAGAAAGCCGGGCGUGGCCGGGGUGGAGACCGAGACCGGGGGCGGGGCCGGGGUGGCGGAGAGAGGGGGCGAGGACGAGGUGGCCGAGGCAACAGGGGACGAAGGAACAUGGAGGAGUCCAACUCUGGCCCGGGCAAGAAGAGGAAAGGAGGUAACGCAGGCCUGGACUUCCACGACCCCAACCGUGAGGCUAAGAAGCAGAGCCGGGCGGCUCGCUUCCACAAGCAGCUGCGCUCCGAGCCCCUGGUCCUCUCCAUCAACUCCCUGGAGGUCCCCAACGGCACCCAGGAGGCCCUCAGCUGGGAGGACUGCCCCAUCGUGGGCACCUGCCAGGAGAUCACCAAGAACUACCUGAGGCUCACCUGUGCCCCAGACCCCUCCACAGUGCGCCCCGUGUCUGUUCUCAGGAAGUCCAUUCUGGUGGUGAAGGCCCACUGGAAGAACCACCAGGACUACCCCUACGCUUGUGAACAGAUGAAGUCCAUACGACAGGACCUGACGGUUCAAGGAGUUCGUACGGAGUUCACGGUGGAGGUAUACGAGUGUCACGCGCGCAUUGCCCUCGAGAAGGGUGACCAUGAGGAGUUCAACCAGUGCCAGACCCAGCUGAAGGCCUUGUACAAGGACAACCCGUCAGAUAACAUCGGAGAGUUCACCGCUUACAGACUGCUCUACUACAUCUUCACCAAGAACUCCGGAGACCUGACCACUGAGCUGGUGUACCUGACCCCGGCGCUGCGAGGGGACAGCUGUGUCUCCCACGCCCUGGCCCUCCGUGCCGCCUGGGCGCUGGGCAACUACCAUCGCUUCUUCCUGUUGUACCGGCGGGCGCCGCGCAUGGCCUCCUACCUAAUCGACAAGUUUGUCGAGAGGGAACGAAAGAUCGCACUUAAGGCCAUGCUUAAAACAUUUAGACCCGACCUGCCGGUGGAGUAUGUGCAGUCCAGUCUGGGCUUCCUAUGUUUAGACUCGUGCUUGGCCUUUCUGACAGGGUUGGGGGUCAGCACCUUCCCCUCUGACCCCAACAAGAUAGACUGCAAAGCCAGCUCCGCCUGCUUGGCAGCCUCCUGAGGGGGAGGGGAGGGCUGGGGAGGGGGGGAGGCAUGGGGGGAGGGGGGGGGGGUGAGCACAGUAAAGGGAACCCCUUAGUACUCCUGUCACCUCUGACCCCCCCAGGUAGUUAAGACAGAGACCAGCGGUUAGGUUAAGUCGUACAUCGGGAGCAACAGACACACUACAGCCACAAACGCAUCACAGUGACUGAUAUGGACUUUAUUAGAGGAGUGAGAGAGAUGAACACUGACCAGUAGCUUAGCCGCACACACACAGCUCAAGAUAUCGAAUCAAGCCGCUAAGACUCACUUUAAUGAAUGAACAGGAUAGAUUGAGAUGGUUAGCGACUCCCGUCUGUAGUGAAAACAGAUCAGGAAAGACAGCCCUUGGUCUCCCAGCCAGAACCAGCUGCCCUCGCUCGUUUGAAGCUAACAGUGUUCUGUUAUGUUUUUUCCUUCCCACAAGUCAACAGCUCCACAGUCUGAAGACUUCCGAGUCUUGCCAGUCAAGAGAGAAACAAGAAGACCGAUAGAUGAAGCUGCUGUGGUGUCAUCACUCAAGCCAAGCCAAGCCAGAGGGGCUACUGGCCAGGCCAGAGGGGCUACUAGCCAAGCCAGAGGGGCUACUAGCCAAGCCAGAGGGGCUACUAGCCAAGCCAGAGGGGCUACUAGCCAAGCCCCUCAGAGACUUUGCUUUGCCUUCUGCACAGAGGAAAAACCCCAGUGAUCCAGUGUCAGAUCCUAGAGAAGACGAGAUGGUGGUUUGUAUGUCCGGUCCAGUCCUGCUUCCCCCACUCCCCCCCCACUCCCUCCUUACCUAAAUUGUCUGAUUGGCUGUCAGGUGGGUUUCCCCUGCCUCGGCCUCCACCUGGAGAGUUACUGACUGAGAAAUCUGGAGGUUCUGAUUGGCUCCUGUACCGGUUAGCCCACUCCCAGUUGCCAUGACAGCCACAGUCUUGCAUUCCGACCCUCAAAAAUGAUCUUCCAUCGUCUGGUGGAGCCUGGCUUGCUACCGUCGGUUGCUCCAUCGCUGAUCCACAGUAGAUCACCCCAAGAUUGGCGUCUCACCCGCUGCUAGGAAUUGACUUUGUAAGUUUGAUGGCGCGUGGAGCUAUAGUCUUUACUGAGACGCCACCCCCACACACAACCCCCCCCCCACACAUUCUUUCAGCCUGGGCCCCCCUGUGGCCCCUCUCUAAGCUGUGGCUGCAGUACGGUCUGCCUCCAUCAUCUCCACUCCGACGCAGCGCUCCGCAUCCAGAACCCCCACCCCCCCACGCGUCCCCGUCCCCCCCAGGAAGAGGCUCCUGGGGCCCCCUCGGAGGCACAGCUCACCGGGGAGAUGGUCCCACUCUGCAGGACGGAAGCCUCCAGGAAAGAAUCCCACCCUCCAGAGAUGUGAAAUGGCAGACCCUCCACCUCCUCAACAGCAGGGUCACCGGAUCAGAAAGAUGUGGGCGUUCUGUCCGCCGCUGGAGCACGCUGUCCCUCCGGCAGUCAGGCUGGAGCGAAGGGUUUGUAUGCUGUGCCAGGCGCACUCUGGUCCUCCCAGGCUGAGUAUGUAUGGCUGGUAAGAGAAAGGGACUGGAAGGUGGAUGACGACAAGACCAACAGCAGAUAUCAGGCUCAAGUCUCCCUGGCAUCAUCACAUUACAGUAUGACUUAAAAAGUUAUGUAAGGUAAUAGGUGGGUUCAGUCCAGAAAGAGAUCAAUCUAACCUGUAGAAUUUGAGCUUUUAGUAUUUCAACCCUACGUUCAGUAAUUGGAACACAUUUCAUGGCUCCAUAUUUGGUCAGUCAUUCUGAUAGUCUUCGAUUUUAAUAUGUACCUGUGUAUAGGUUUGUAACAAAUAUUGAAAUGAAGCUAGAAUGAUGUCAUUUUUAACAUCCAUUGUGCGCCAUAACAUAAUUUUCAAAGGCAUUUUAAGUAAACUACUAAAUUCUUCUUUCCUGACCAUUUUGCAGAAAUUGAUUUUUCAAUAAAAAGGGAAGAGACGUAGAGUAGUGUGAUUUGGCGUGUUCUAAAUGUCUACCAUGAUUUUUGAAAAGGUCAGGUUGAUGAAUUGUAAUUUGAUGUAUCUAUCAAGAGCUUUCGGGUUGUGGAGUAGCUGUUCUGUACGACAUGAACCAGUGGAGCAUGAGCCUUGAUUAACAGAUCAGCAGCUGUACGUAGUCUUUGCUUCUCAGUUUCAGGAACACUCCUCUGACAGUAUUACCCCAAGAGCGGGUUUUAAAAAGGUGUCUGGCAAGUUGAAUGGAAUAGAAUGUUCAGUAUAGAAAGUGAUCCCAGUCUAUAGAAUGUGUAUAUAAUGUACAUAUUGGUGUGCUUUCAGUUGGUAAUGUAGUUCUGUUGGCAGUUCAGAUUUCUGUUUUUCUUUUUCUGUUCACACAUCAGGGUAAGUGAUUUUCUUAGAUACAAAGAGAGUAGGACCAGGUAGUUUCUUACAUAUGGGUAAUAUGCAAUUAAAACAUUUGAUUUGAAUUGUAAAUGAAUACUUAUAGUAAGUAUGCCUUAUUGGCAAACAUUUCUAGCUACCCCUUCAAGUUUCUAUUAUGAAAUGGAGAGUUGAUAAUUGUGCUUUCUAGUGUAAACCAAACAUAUUUUUUGUUAAUGUUGAAAAGCAUGCAAUUACUGUGGGCAUUGAGGUCUUUACAGUAAAUCAAUGUUUUCUUUUUGCAGGAUUGAAAUUUUUACAAUUGUUUCCAAAUCUUUUUCUUGACAAAUAUUACCUAAACAUUCACAGUUGUUUCUGUCCAUAUGUUUUUUUUUUAUAUAUAUAUAUUUACAACUUGAGUGUUAAAUUACGGUUUGGGUUGUCUUUUAUGCAUGAUUCUCGUCUUCAUUAAGCUAAAUCAUUAACAUUCAAGACGCACAGACCCAAUGGCAAGCAAAAGAUUUGGUUUAACGCCGCAUUCACACCAGCCAAGAACUGCCAGUGUAGAGUUGAAUAUUUGCCAUAUUCUACUGUGUUCCUCCUGAGCUUGAGUGCCUGUGGCUCUAUUAGCUUAACAAAAAAGUUGUACAUUUUCCUAGUUGACAAGCUUUUCAAAAUGAUUUUGCAAACAGUGGUGUUUUUUGGCUGGGAAAGGUCUGCAUUUUCAUGUGUUAAUCAAAGCAUUACCGCCAGUUUCAGCACCACCAGGAUUGUUUUUAAGUCAAUAAUCACAUGUAAACUGAAGAAUUUCAUCCAUCCUUCAUGACUUGCAGCUGUUUGUCAAAAAAAAACAUGCUCGAUGCCAGUUGCCUAUUCAACAUUCAGUUGAUUUCAAAAGUUCAACUUUCGAUGUCUCAACAUGUGUCCCUUUCUCCUUCUUUCAACUAUCCUCCCUCUCCCUCCCUCCCUCCCUCCCUCCCUCCCCCCCCCCCCUGUUCACCUCCAGCCACGCCUUGUGUUUCCUCCUGCAGUACUGCAUAUCAGGAGCUCACGGAGGGGAUGGCCCGGGAGCCGCAGCAGUCUCCUCCAGACGCCAGCUGGAGAGGGAGCUGUGAGAAAGGCAAGACAUGAUACUGCCUUCUCAAGCCAUGCUGCUCAAAUGAUCCCAAAUAAUUGCCUGGUGCCUGAUGUAAAUGGGAGUCUAAGUUGAUGCUGGGAAAUGAUACUUCGUUUUUUUUCUUGUUUGUUUUUUUUUGGGGGGGGGGGGGGGGUGAUUAAUUUAAAAUAUGGCAUGCGGUUUGUCUGUUCUCUUUUCAACCCAAGUUUAAAAAUCCAGAUAUAACUAGACCAUUCAUUUCUUUAUGUUGCUGUUUCUAAUGAGGCGUUCUGUAUGUUUAGAAACAUUUGAGACUCCACCCAUCAGGGCUAGUAUGUUCUUUAUCUUUGGCCACAGCAAACCUCACGGUUCAAAGUUCAUUUAUUUCAGUGUAACUUCUGCCCCGUCUGUGUCCUAUCUUCAUUUGGCAUCUUGGCUUCCAGUAAUUGUCAGCUGUCUUAUUGCCUGGGAACACAUACUGGAUCACACCACUCUGCUCCUGUUUCAACAGUGUGUGUUUGGAGUAUGGGUAACCAGGCAAUGAGGCGCUACAUAUUUAGCUAAUGUUUUAGGACAUAUAGCGUUUCAUCCUCAAUUACAACUCUUGACAAAGUUAAGAUUUGAUACUGUAAGUGUAAUGUUAAAUGGCUGGAAUAAGUGUAUUUAGAAUGGUAUGUAAGACUCCCCUUCUAACGUAUUGAUUGUCAAGGCCAUAUUUAGAAGACUGCUGGACUUUUUGUUUCGAUGUCUUGUCUACUCCCAGUUAAUCAUCAACCUCUUCCACAGUGAUUGAACUUCUGUUCUGAUGUCACAUUUAACACGGCUAACCUCCCAUGUUUCAAAAAUGUAAAAUUCCAUUACAUUUAUUUUUGCAUAGUUAGAUAUAUACCUAUUCCUGAUGACUAACGCUUCUCUUUAAAUGUGAAUCUCAUUCUGUUCAUUGUUUCCUCUUAUGACUGAUGUUUACUGCUCCCACAAGCCUACCUGUCAAGUCCCUGUCAAAUCCCAGUGUAUAUAUAGUAACUCCUGCUUUCAUCAUUGCUCUCUUCAACUGCACUGGAUCAACUCCCUAUUUUCCCCUCCCUCCAUCAACCCUAACACCUGACGCUUCAACUUUUUUUUAUUUUACGUUUGUCUUUUGGAUGUGUUCAUCUCCCACUUCUCAUUCCCUUCCGCUUGUUCCCUGCACGCUCACCCUCCCUCCUCUCCUGUCAGUGUGUGUCCUCUAUCCUCUCUCCCUCUUCGUUAGUCCUUAUGUUGACUUUGUUAGUGAUGUUUUGCAGAGUGCAGCUAGCCAUUCUCUAGUAAGUAUCGCUUCUGCACUGCUUUGGUGCUGUUUCAGCUGACUAACUGAAACUGCGGGGUGUUCACAACUCAGUCCCCGUUGCUUCUCCUCUCCCAUCAGCUUCAGCGUUCAAUGGAUUUUAAUUGAUAUAAAAUACUGCCAUUUUGUAAAUAAUGUGAUGUAAAUGUUUUUUCCUCUCUUUGAAGAACUUAAUAAAAUUCAAAUAUAAGGGUG